AUGGCCGUCUACAAGGUGAAGGUGACCACGGGCGACACGGUGGAAGCCGGGACCAUCUGCAACUCCAUCUCCAUCACCUUGUCCCUACGGGUGCACUGCGAGGAGGACCUGGGCCCCGUCCUUCUCCUGAAGCUUCACAAGCAGAAGCUCUUCUUGGAGGACGCCUGGUUCUGCGACGCCGUCGCCGUCACCGCCCCCGACGGAGCCCUCUACCGCUUCCCCUGCUACCAGUGGUUGGAGGGCACCACCACCGUGGAGGUCCGAGAAGGUUCCGGGAAGAAAGCGGCGGAUGAUAAAUUGGAGAUCCUCAAGAAGCACCGGCAGCAGGAGCUGAAGGCGCGGCAGGAGGCCUACCAGGGAGAGCGGGGAUACUCCGUCUUCGACCUGGACUCCAACGUUCAAUUCUCCUGCAUAAGGGGCACCAACUUCACCGGGACCCUCAUCCUCCAAGGGGCCACCCAACUUCUGGCAGGAUUCCUCUUGAGACAGACCUCCUGGAAUAGCCUGGAUGAGAUGCGCAGCAUCUUCUCCCGCACCCAGGGCAAGGAGAUCGUCCCCGAGUACGUGGCCAGACACUGGCGAGAAGAUGACUUCUUCGGUUACCAGUUCCUCAACGGCAACAAUCCCAUCGUCAUCCGGCGCUGCACGGCAUUGCCGGCCAAAUUCCCGGUGACGUCGGAGAUGGUGACCUCCUUUUUGGGUGCUGGCACCAACCUGGGCAAGGAGAUGCGAGAAGGUCGGAUCUUCAUCGUGGACUACGAGGUGUUGGAGGACAUCCCGGCCGGCACCAUCCACGGGCGUCAACAGUACGUGGCGGCUCCGCUCUGUCUCCUGCACCAGGGCGCCGACGGGCACCUACGUCCCAUCGCCAUCCAGGUAGGGAUGUCCCACCUCCAAAAAAACCCCCAACCCAUGAUGGUGUUGGAGAUGAUGGUGGAGAUGAUGGUAGAAAUGAUGGUGGAGAUAGUGAUGGAGAUGGUGGUGGUGAUGGUGGUGGAGAUGGUGGUGCAGAUGAUGGUGGUGGAGAUAGUGGUGAUGGUGAUGGUGGUGGUGGAGAUGAUGGUGGUGGAGACUGGUGUUGGAGAUGUGUUGGAGAUGGUAUUGGAGAUAGUAGUGGUGAUGGUGGUGGAGAUGGUGUUAGUGAUGGUGUUGGAGAUGAUGGUAGAGAUGAUGGUGGAGAUAGUGAUGGUGAUGGUGGUGGAGAUGGUGGUGCAGAUGAUGGUGGUGGAGAUAGUGGUGAUGGUGAUGGUGGUGGUGGUGGUGGAGAUGAUGGUGGUGGAGACUGGUUGGGACAACCCCACCGCGCUGGUGGUGGUGGUGGAGAUGGUGGUGGUGAUGGUGUUAGUGAUGGUGUUGGAGAUGAUGGUGGAGAUGAUGGUAGAAAUGAUGGUGGAGAUAGUGAUGGAGAUGGUGGUGGUGAUGGUGGUGGAGAUGGUGGUGCAGAUGAUGGUGGUGGAGAUAGUGGUGAUGGUGAUGGUGGUGGUGGUGGUGGAGAUGAUGGUGGUGGAGACUGGUGUUGGAGAUGGUAUUGGAGACGGUGGUGGAGAUGAUGGUGGUGAUGUGGUGAUGGUGUUGGAGAUGAGGGUGGAGACGGUGGUGGAGAUGAUGGAGAUGGUGGUGGUGAUUGUGGUGAUAGGGGAGAUGGUGGUGAUGAUGGUGUUGGAGAUGAUGGUGGUGAUGGUGGUGGAUACGGUGGUGGAGAUGGUGGUAAAGAUGAUGGUGGUGGAGAUGAGGGUGGAGACGGUGGAGACAGUGGUGGAGAUGAUGGUGGAGAUGGUGAUGGGGAUGGGGGGGGAGGGCUCGGGGGCCACCUACGAGGGACUGGUGCUCAUCGUCCAACGGGGUUUGGAGAAGGUCACCUACACCUCCCUCUGCCUCCCCGAUGACAUCCGCGACCGCGGGGUGGAGGACGUCCCCAACUACUACUACCGGGAGGACGGGCUGAAGCUCUGGGAGGCCAUCGAGAGCUUCGUCCGUGGCAUUGUGGCUUUCUACUACGGGGACGACGCGGAGGUGCGCGGGGACAACGAGCUGCAGGCUUGGGUGAAGGACAUCUUCACCAACGGCUUCUUGGGCAGGACCUCUUCAGGUGUCCCCUCAACGCUGCAGACGGUGGCGGAGCUCAUCAAGUUCCUCACCAUGGUGAUGUUCACCUGCUCGGUGCAGCACGCGGCCGUCAACAAUGGGCAGUAUGACCUGGGCGCCUUCCUCCCCAACGCCCCGUCCUCCAUGCGCCACCCACCGCCGGCGGAGAAGGGCAGAGCCUUCCUCCAGCACUUCCUUGACACCGUCCCCGAGGUGGACACCACCGCCAACAUCCUGGUGGCCCUCAUCCUCCUCAGCUCCCGCCUCAAGGACAUGAGGUUCCUGGGACACUACCCGGAGGAACGGUUCACCGAGGUGGAACCCCGACGCCUCCUCAGGAGCUUCCAGACGCGACUGGAGGAGAUCCGGGAGCCAAUCGAGGAGAGGAACCAGUGGGCGGAGCUGAGAUACAGCUACAUGAACCCGCUGGAGACGGAGAACAGCAUCUCCAUCUGA